AUGGGCCGGGUUUGCAAAGCGGACAGCCUGCCAUUGACCUACUUCGAACUCACGUGCAUCUGCUUCUUCUACUUCUUCCUACUGAUAAGCUUCCUGGUAUGGUGUGUACGCAAAAAUCGAUUUAGAAAUAUAAUAAAUGAAAGACAUAAAUGGAAGAAUACCGAGGCCCACGCAAAAAAUGAAAAGGUCGAAUUUUUUAACUACAUUUACGAAGCACAAGAGGAGGACGACUCAGACGACAUUGUAGUUCGGCAAGAAGGGUACCAAAAUAACUUUGUUGGGUUCGCACUGAAAAAUGCUUCCAUCUUCCUAUACGUAUGCACCCAUAUCAUUAUCCUCUUUUUAAUUGCAAAUGAGUAUUGCAUACGCGAGGGGGCUGAGGUUCUGUGGAAUGAUCGAGCUUUUAUUUUCUUCAUUUUUCUCCUCCUCUGUUUUUCCAUUACAUAUGGCAUUUUGACAGUGAGAAAACAUCUGCACAGCUUUUUUCUGAAACCCUCUCUGCUGAAGGAAAGUGAUUAUGUGUUGAUAUACACCAAGAGUGAUGAGUACGCCAACACAUAUAACACUUCCCUUAGGCGAAGUUUCUUCUAUGCCAUUAACUGGGCUAAAGGAUGGUAUCACACCUUCGGAAGACGCAUCCGGCAUUGUGCGAAUGUGUAUGUGCACUACCAGGGGGUGAUAAAACAUGCACUCUUUUCAGAACUUUCCAAGUGGGGCUUCAUCCAGGGAGGAGAUGAAUUUGAAAAUGCGCGCUCAGGCAACAGUGAGGAGGAAGAGGGGAGAGGACAAAAAGAUAACCACCACAUAAAAUAUGAAGACAUUUUGGAAGACACGCGUUUGUUAAGCGGGCACACGAGGAAGGGACAUUCAUGGGGUCACCACGAACAGGGGGCUAACAAAAUGGCAGGAAAGGUCACCGGCAAAGCGGGAUCGUCGAUGGAAAGCAAAGCUGGCGCAGUCUUCCCACCCCUCACAGUGCACAAGGUAAAAGUACAGACAAACGAAAAGAAUAUGCGCUACUUCUUUUUUAGAAGCAUGAAGUACGUAUACAACGAAGAGAAAGACGCAUUCCACAAUAUCGCCCAUACCAUUGAAGAAAAGGUAAACAGCCUCGACUUCAACUACGUACUAAAAAAAGGAGGACUCAACAACAGCGAAAUUAUUAACAAUCUAAAUGACUAUGGUUACAAUAAUAUACACCUCGAAUUUUGCUCCUUCUUUAAAAGCAUAAAAAGAGAGCUACUCGAUGGGAUCUACAUGUUCCAGCUAUUUAUAACAUACAAAAAUUUUUUUUGGAAGGAAGUGAUAACUUCUCUCAUUUGGCUAGUCAUCUCAUUUCUAAGUGUUGUAAGCAAAAUUAUGAAAAAUGAAAAAAAUAAAAAAGAGAUUUAUGAAAAUAUACAAUCCACCAACAACACCAUUGUGACAGUCUAUAGAAAUUCUAUCGUUCAACAUGUCCCCUCUAGUAAUUUAACUAUUGGAGAUGUGAUCAUUAUAAAUUCUAAGAUGACCAUGCCUUGUGACUGUGUCCUACUGACGGGUCAAGUUUUAGUAGAUGAAAGUUUACUAACUGGAGAAUCCAGACCAAUGAAAAAAACGUGCAUAUCUAAUUUGAGCUCCUUCAACUCUUUUGAAAAUAGGACCUACUCAUCGUCUAGUUAUUCAUUCCCUUUUGGAGAAAACUCAAAGGGGAACCAGUCCCAAUGGAACAAGAAUGACUCUCCACAUGCAGCCAAUCCGAUGAGUCCACAGGUCGCAGGGAACAAUAACCAUGAGAGGUUUAACAAAGACAAGUACUACAGCACCAAACGAAAUUUCCAUCACAAUAAUAUUCUAUACUCUGGCACGGAUGUCCUUUCUACAAUGAACUCCACAGAGAGCAUCUACGCAGUGGUCAUCAGUGUAAGCAUAUACACCUACAAGGGCAAGUAUAUGCAGAAUGUUCUUUUCCCUAAUCCACUCCUCUUCAAAUACGACUCGCAAUUACCCAUCGUCUUUCUCUUUACUAUUCUCUUCUCUUUCAUAUGCAUGUACUUCCAAAUACGUUCCUUGGGACUUAAUAUGACAUCCAUUUUUUACACCAUCGGAACCAUGUCACAAAUACUACCUGUCUGGACUCCCGUUGUUCUAAACAUGGGGUUAAACAUUUCAACGAAUAGAUUGAAGGAGGAAAAAAAUAUUAGAUGCAUUGCUCCAUCAAGAAUUCCCAUAUGUGGGAAAAUUAGAAUCUUUUUUUUCGACAAAACGGGAACAUUAACAGGACACAAAAUUGAAUUUUCAGGAGUUCAUUUUAGUAAUAACGUUUUAAAUGAACAAAAGGCACAGCUAUCUGGACUGGACAACCAUAGCAAGAGCAUGUCUGACGAUACGUAUGAUGUGAAGUAUGAAAGUUAUUACCCCUCCAGUAAAGUCAAUAUGAAUUCGGUUAGGAAAAAUGAGUCGCUUAAAAUGGAGUUUGCCCAUCGGGUGGAUAGCAGCGUCCCUCAUGGAGGGGCGUCCUCAUCGGGCACCGGCUCACAGAGAGAUAAAAAUCUUGUAACGGCGGAGAGCGCAGAUGGGGAAAACCACGCAGAAGUGCUGGAUCAUAUGGACGAGGCAGACCGCGCAAAUGGUCCGUCCGUGCCCUCCCUGUACUCGAGCGUCGACGAUGAAGUUUUACCCGUGGUGCCCGAUGUGGGCCAAGCAGCGAGCAGCGCUAAUGGGAAUGAAGACGACUUGGUUGUAGGUGAUAGUGGUAUGGUCGUAGGAGAUAGCAGCAUCGUUGGAGAUAGCGGCGUCGUUGGAGAAAACGGCUUCGUUGAAGAAAGCAACUUCGUUGGAGGCCAAAUGGAAGUAAACAGUGGCGACCUCAACCGGGAGAGGGAAACCCCCGACGAGGAGGACGCCAGCCAGCCCUCCAGCGGAGACGUCUUCCAAAGCUACGACGAAACGGAUGAAAAUAAAUACCAUGAAAAUCAGAACAAAGAAGUCUCUCUUACUGCAGAAGAACAAAUGGCAGGGAACUCCGAUCAGGGAGACCACGUCGAAAGGGCUAACCUGUCAACGUUGCCAAAUGACGACAAGAAAAAUGUCGAUGAAGAAUCAUAUUUGCUUGAAGCGGAGGAACAACAUCCCCUAGAGGACAGAAGCGUUUCCAUCGACAUGGACAUAGAUGAGUCCACCCAAAGGGCCAAGAAAGAAAAAGAAAAUACCCCCAUUGUGGGACGCGAAAAUUUUAGUCAAAAGUCAGUCCAGGAAGAAGCAGAGCCAGCAGAAGAGGCACCUCCUAUGAGGAGCUGCCACUUCAACGAAUCCAACUCUUCCAUGAAUUCUGUCACAUCACUCCUUUACAAUAGCAAACUCAUGUGGGCAAAUAAAGCCACCCUGAAAAAUACCCCUCCAAGUUAUCACCUACUAGUAUACGCCCUCGCAGGCUGCGCAUGUGUCUACAGCGAUAACAUCAAUGACAAUAUAUAUGGACACGAAAUAGAUAAAAGAUUAUUCGAAGCCACAGAAAUGAAGAUAAGUAAUUACAUUAACAAAUACAACAUGAACGUGAAAAAGGUAUCCCUAAAAAUUAAUUACACAUUUAAACAUUUUGAUAUUCUCAAAACAUUUGAAUUUGACUACUUCACAAAAAUAUCGACGACAGUAGCAUAUGGCUACUUUGAUUUGGGGGAAAAAAUUUUUGUCGUUUUUUCUAAAGGCUCAUUUGACAAAAUUUACAAAAAAUGCAUCAAAAAUGAAGAAAUACAAUUUUUUAAAAAGAAAGAACAAGAAUACAGUAAAAACGGGUUCUACGUAAUUGGACUAGCUUUUAGAAUCAUAUAUGACAUGUCCUUUGAAGAAAUAUUACAACUACCAAGGGAAGAGUUAGAAAAGGAUAUGAGGUUCUUAUCCCUCAUCAUGUUUAGCAAUUACAUCAAGAAAGAUGCUGAGUUGGUUAUUCAAACUUUAAAAAGCUCUUCCAUCAGACCAGUCAUUCUUACUGGCGAUAAUGCAUACAACUGCCUCUAUGUAGCGAAUAAAAUUGGUCUUUUCAACAGCAUUAACUUUUACGAAUCCUUUCUCUCCAUCAACAUGAACUCGAAUACAAACACCAGCUCCAACUCGGCGGAAAGGAUACUAAACGAACGAGAAAACCUGUUCCUCUCCACAGAGACGAAAUUCUUGUCAUUUGAAAAUUUUAUCAAGUCCAACGCACAAGUAGGAAGGGGCGAUGAAGAAAGUGUCGCCGGGGGACCAUCCAACAACUUCGCCAAGUCUUCCCAUCCCCAAAUGGAACACCAUGCCGAUUUUUACCUUGUACAUGGCGAGGGCGCCCAUGGAUCCGCGCAAACGGGAAGGAACGGGGCUCCUCCCAUAUUUCGAACACAUGAAAAAGGAGAGGAUGAUGUGGGAAACCUCCACAAUAAUCACCUACCCAAGGGGGCGUCCUCCAAGAUUUACCGCGAUAUGGAUGAGGACUACGCGCGGGACGAAACCACAACACUGAUCCACCGCGGGCAGAAAACUGCACAGGGGGGUGGACAAAACGGGCACCCCGCCUCCGACGGAAACAGCUACAAUAGUGUCGACGAAUGCAAAGCCGAUCGGGCAAGCGACGGUCGCGGGAAUGAGGCACCCUUCCUCGAAGCAGUCAGCGAAAUGAACCCCCCACACAGCAAACACUCGUACUACACUUAUGAGCAAAACGAACAGAGAAACGAAAAUGUUAUUAUCUACGGGUACAUGCAAGAAGGCUCCACUGACCUCGUAUUCGUAAACAUACAAAAUGAUAAAAAAGUGAAUUCAGAAGAUGUGCUCUUUGGAAAUAUCUACAAAGAAAUUAUCCUAACGGGAGAAGCAUACACUUACAUAAGACAUACCAUAUUUCGUAUCUCCAAUGAAGAGGAAGAUAUAACGUCGUAUAGUAACCAUGAAAGGUUGGAAGGAUAUAAAAACUUUCUUCUACGUGUACGCAUCUUCUCCAGGUUAACCCCAAAUCACAAAAUGGAGGUGAUAAAGGAUUUUAUAAAAUAUGAUUACAUCUCUGGCAUGUGUGGAGAUGGUAGUAACGAUUGCGGAGCUCUAAAAAUUUCUCAUGCAGGAUUAGCCUUAUCAGAUGCGGACACUUCAGUAGUAUCCCCAUUUAGUAGCAAAAAUGAUAAUAUAAAAAGCGUCAUUGAUGUGUUGAGAGAAGGUCGAGCUUGUCUAGUAACCUCUAUUAACUGCUACAAGUAUAUGCUCCUCUAUGGGUUCAUGAUUUCCGUGGUCAAAAUUGUUCUCUUUAUGAAUGCUCAUGCCGUUAUGUCAGAAUAUGGCUACCUCUUCUUCGAUAAUGUGAUCCUAUUGUUGCUAGCAAAAUCCAUGACCCUUUCCAGACCAGCGAGAAAAUUAAAAACGCAGACUCCCACCUCAAGUAUUAUUGGUGCUCAGACUAUCAUUUCUUUAUUAUCCAAUUUGGUUGUUAACUUUUUUUUUCUUUAUAUAAUUAUGCUGCAAUUUUUUUAUGUGUAUAAAUUACCAUCGUCGUAUGAUAUGAACAGCUCUGCCCCCAAAUCUUCUUGGUGGCUCAUGAGCGACAACUACGAGAGCUUUUUGGCCUGCGUGUGGUUUUGCUUCCAAAUUGUGAAUAGCGCGUUCAUUUUCACCUUCGGCGGCAAGUACCGCAAGCCCAUCUUCUCCAACUACACCUUCAUGGGGUACUACUGCCUCAUCAACAGCUUCCUGUUCUACCUGACGGUCGGAGGGCCCAACCGACUCACGUGCCUCUUUCGAAUGAACUGCAACGACGAAGUUUCCAGAACAACCAAAUUCAAAAUUCUAGACAUAUUCUCCUACUCAGCCAGCGGCCUAAGUUUCUACGGCCCAAACGGAAACAACAUCCUUACCACAGGCCAUAAAGUGAAAUUCCUUUUUUUAAAUCUUCUUAACAUAGCUGUCAAUAUUUGCAUAUCCAAAUACGUUUUGUGCGAACCUUUGUACAACAUGGUUAGGCGGUUCUUCAACUUCCAAAAUAGGAAGGUCCCCGUGUAG